AUGCACCCUAGCCUCGUCCCGCUCGAGCCCGUGGCUCCGUCUGCCACCAAGCUCCCCGCCAACGGCGUUACCAGCCACCCCGCGACCAACGGCCUACGCGGUUGGAUGCGGCGCACCUUCAGCUACCCCUCCUCGCCGCCACCACCUCCUCCCAGAUCUCCCUCUCCCCAACCCAGACCUCCUUCUCUCUGCCAUCCCAACCCCGCCACCGGCCUCCCCCCAUCCCAGUUGCCGACGACCUCCUCAUCACCCCCAGCGCCGACCAUCCCCUCCCCGACACGCCUCUUCUCAUCGUCGUCCACAGGCGAUUCCAGCAUGCUGGUCGUCGGCUCCGCGGACACCUUCGAGGACAUCCAUGCCAAGGUGCAAGUGGAGAAGCUCCCCGCCGUCUUCUACUACACGGCUGUCUGGUGUGGGUCGUGUCCGGCGAUGGCACCUGUGAUCGAGAAGAUGAGCAGGCAGUACCCCAAGAUACCCGUGUACAAGGUGGACAUCGACAUGAGCUACAGUGCUCUCAUACUAUCAUUGCAUUGCCUGCUGUUCUUGCUGCAUACCUAUAUCUCAAGUAUUUUAGAUUUCCUGCUAGUUGCAUAUCUGCACUUCACUCAACAGCAGCUAGCAGGAGCAAUUCUCUUGCUGAUGCUCAAGUGUGAAGUGUGA